AGAGAGGAGGAGAACAUGUCAGACAGCUGCAGCCUUUCUCACGAGAGCCACUGAGUGCACUCCGUCAGAGAAGACUCACCGCAGAAGGACGCCCACCGUUAAUGCUGAAGUAAGCAGAGAAGUAAGUAGUCUGUAUCAGCAACGUCUGUCUUUUAAACAGCUGUUUGGAGUAGGAAUAGGACAUGAGUAUCGGGGACAGGACACAGAGGACGAGGAUACAUAUAACAGAUUAGAUUCACGAUACUGGCACAGCUGGAGCACUCUCAUGGACCCGAGUGUGUGCGUCCUGGAACUGCUCGGCAUAUUUUUCUCCCUGACCGCCUGGCUGUGUUCUUUGACCACUACCCUUAUGUCCUGCUGGCUCACACUAAACACAGACCUUCUGCCGACUGAGAGUUAUCAGCUAGGUCUGUGGGAGACAUGCGUGGUUCAGGAGCUGGGGGUGCUGGAGUGCCGACCAUAUGACAGCCUCCUGGGUCUGCCGCCGGACAUCCGGCUGGCUAGAAUUCUCAUGCUGGCCACCCUGGCCACCAGCCUGAUGGGCUUCACAUUGGCCAUCCCUGGGAUCUAUGUGGUGAACAGCUGCAAGGGCACAGAGACCCUCAAAGCCAAGCGCACACUCAAGAUGAUGGGCGGGACACUGUGCUUGGCUGCAGGAAUUCUUGGCCUGGUCCCCGUGUCCUAUGUAGCCCACCUGACCAUUCUGAAGUUCUUUGACGAGACCGUUCCCGACGUGGUCCCACGCUGGGAGUUUGGGGAUGCCCUGUUCUGGGGCUGGGGGGCUUCUUUCCUGCAUCUAGCGGCUGGAUCACUGCUUGUCACCUCCUGUCUUUGCCUGCAAGGGGAGCCAUGUCCACUACCAACAUCCAUUCCUCUGCAAGGAGGACAUACUGACCCUGAACUGUCUCUGAGAAGGAGAUCAGAAUAUGUGUGAGAAUAUGCGCAAUGAUUCUGCAGAAUUCAAGAAAUUGGAGGACAUACCGAAAGUGGACGUUCCGGAAGCAGGAUGGGUAAAAUAAAUAAGUAAGUAGAACAUGUGGAUGUGGGAGAAGUGGAUAGUCACUGUAAUUUGACCGCUGAACUGUAUAUCUGGAUGCAAUGUAUAAAAUGUGAGGAUUUGGCAGAAUGUGACAAUAAAGGAUAUGAGAUGCUUUGGUCACAGAAGUAAUAAAGUUAUCAAUGCAAUGAUUUAACUCCAGAAUGGAUGAGGGCUGUCACUAUUGAUUAUAUCUGUAAUCAAUUAAUCCACCAAUUAUUUUGAUAACUGAUUGAGACAUUUAAAAAAAGGCCUAAAUAAGUAAAUAAAUACAUAAAAAUAGACGAAACUGAACAACAGCUACGUUUCCAUCAACCUUCGGUGCAAAUUAAUCUUCUAUCGAAAAAAAUGCUUCAUAUAAUGAUGUCAUUUCCUGUCCAUUGUUUGAUUUAACAGUAAAAAAGAAGGGUCUAACAUGUUUCCUCACUAAUUUCAUGUAUGUGGCCAAUUGUGGCCUUUGGCUUUCCCCAAAUUAUGUAUACAUUUCAUACAUUUCUUCCCUUCAGAACCGUCAUGCUAUAGAUCCUGUUUCUCUGCCAUAUUAGUGUAAACAAUGACAAGAACUUAGUUAUUUCCCGUUAUUAUGUUUACAUAUGCAUAUGUGCAUAACAUUAAUGCCCAGUUGUUUAUGUUACUUCAUAAAUAUCCAUAAAAGGGAAAAAACAGAGGGAUGUUAUAUUGUCAUUUGCUAUUAUUUUACACUGUACUAUGGCAAUUUAUUAUAUGUUAUAUUAAUCACGUUUGCCUUCUAAGGGCUUUGUUAGCUGUUCUCUUUAGAAAAUUAUAUAUAAAUACAAAAUAGAAAAAUGUAGAAAAAAAUCUUUCUAAUCUUUUUACUGCCAUUAAGCAAAGUUAAGCAUUAUUGCAGGUUUGGUUUACAUUUUGUCCUUUAUGAGUUGUAAUUGCUUUUUAGUUGACCUAGACUAAAUAUAUGCAUAAAUACCUAUUUUUGACUUAGGAAAUUUUAUUUUUUACAGUUUUAUUCUUUGCAAAAAAAGUUUCCAGUGUAGAUUUUUGCAACAUUUCAGGUUAAACGGAACUUUAUUGACAUUCAUAAAGAAUAACCGACAAUUUCCAUUUCCAUAGCCUACACUGACAAACAAUUUGAAUCAUUAAAGAUUUUAGUUGAAAAAUCCAUUGGAUGGAAAUGUAGCUAAUAAAUAUGCAUAGCGUAAUAUUUUACUGUGGCAAAAAAAUUUACAUGAAGAGUCCAUCAGGCUUUGUUUUUUCCAGUCAGUGAAUCUUAUUUUAUCGAAUUGAACUGAUUUAUCGUGACAGCCCUGGAAUCCAGGAUCCAGUUACAAAUCAGUCAUGAAGCAGUAUAACAAGGUUCUUCAGCUCUGGCAGGGCAGUGGGCCUGGAGGACUGGUGUGCAAUAUAGUCUGGUGAUUUUCCCUAUCAAACACAACUGCUUUAUCUGGCAGUUGCCAACCUGUGCUGGACAUCAGACAUCCAGGACCGGAGUUGAAGAACCCUCAGAUAUGAAGUGUUAAGUAUUUGAAUAGCAUAAACAGAGUUAUUUUAUUCAUCGUUCAGUGUUUCUUCUGUGUACUGGGCUGUAAAAGGACAGUUCCACCAUUUUUUCACAAUAUCUAAAUGUCAAAUGUCAAAGCAGUCAUUCAAAGUUGACUGAUGUGAAAUGGUCACUGAUUUCUUUACAGUGGUGGUGAUAUAUAUAUAAUGCUGGUGAUGGUAAAAUACUGGUAAAUCAGAAAAAAGUUUUUUUGGAGACUAUUUGUUUCACCACCCUACAUAUGCUUCAUAACACCUGCAAAAAAUGAAGUUCUGAGAUAGUUCAGCAACAUUUGGCCUAAAAUGUACACAUGUAAAAGUAUGAACACUCAUAUUAAAUGUUCUAUAAUUUUGGGGGGCAUUUUAUUUUUGCCCUCAGUAUGUUAAAUUCAACAAAUGAACAGUGAUUUUACAUUCAAAUGUGUAGAAGUGUGUUCUCUGUAGAGGAUGUGUUUAUGUUACAACAUGUCAUUUGACCAGUGCCCAAACUUUUGCAUAGUUUUAUGCAAACGUGUUAAGUACAUUUUAGGCCAAAAACUUCAGAACUAUCUCAGAACUAUUGUUAAACAAUGCAGCAGGCAUCAGCCAGCAUAUUCAUAAAUAUUUCAUACAAUAACUUUCUGUGAGGGAGCUUUUUAUGGGCAUUAGGUUCUGGGUCCUAUCACCACCACUGUGAACAAUUCUACUGCAGUUUUUUUCUCUUUAUGUAGAAAUUUUGAAAAAUCGGUGGAAUUCCCUUUUAAGUCAUGGUGCGCAGCUACACAGUGUUGUAAUUUCUGCUGAUCUGUGAGUAACUUUGCUAUUUUGUCAAUAAGGGCUUUAAAUAUUCUGCCCAUGUCUGCAAAAUAUAUGGGACCAGUUUAUAUUUUAUCCACUUGAAAAGCAUAUGCAGUUAUUCAUUUAAGGUGAUGGAUAAACUUUCCAAGAAAGUUUUUUUUUCCAGUAGUACUGUAACUGUAAUGUCAGUAAAGAGAAAAAGGACAAUAUGAUACUUAUGAUCCAAAGACUUUCAGGUGCAUUUGUCUUUUGGAGCUUGCACACUGUUUUACUACUUUCUGCACAAAUUUGUUCUGUUUUAUUGCUAAAAAUGUAAGGCUUAAGAGAAGGAAUGCAAAUAUGCUAAAAGACAAAGAAUAAUGUAGCAAACGUACCAAUAUACAUAUCAAAUGAUACCACAUAGACCAGUAGAUUGUUUUGUCUUUCAUUCAUUGUUUUUGUUCAUGUGCAAUAUAUUUACAUUAAAAAAUAUCUCUAUACAUGCAAAUCUAUACAUAUCUUUUCCUGAAUGCAGAUGUAAAAGCUAUAGGUGUACGUUGUACUGUUGGAGAUUAUAUAGCAAUAUAUUAUGACUAUAUGCUUUAUACAUUUGUUUAGUAAGUAGUUUCGUAGUCAGUGUUUCAGUUUUUGUAUUGCAAAAGCUCCAUUUCAGAUGCUUUUUUGUUGGUGAUACCUGUUAUAAUGGAUUGAACUGAUGAAAUAAAGUUUUGAAAAGGAAA